UCGAUAAGUACGAUAGCUCGCAAGGAGAUACAUGGGAAAUACGAAUGAGAAUACAAUUAUGUGUAUCUUCAGAUCAAUACACGAGUCAGUAGUACUGCUACUUCUGGUCGUUGGUCCGGGUGGAGGGUCGUCUCUGUACCACCCUUUCUCCCUGGAGAAGGGUUUCGAGCGGCUGUCCCGGGACUCACAGUGUCGCCACAUGCUUAAGCACCUCCACAACGGCGCCCGCAUCUCCGUGCAGAUGCCCCCCAACAUCGAGGGCCACUGGGUGUCCACCAGCUGUGAGGUGAGGCCUGGCCCGGAGUUCAUCACCAGGUCGUACCGGUUUUACCACAACCAGACCUUCAGGGCCCACCAGUUCUACUAUGGGGACAACCACUGCACCACGCCCACCCACACACUGGUGGUCCAGGGCCGGCUGAAGCUGCGGCAGGCCUCCUGGAUCACCCGUGGCGGCACGGAGGCCGACUACCAGCUCGACCGCAUCCAGGUGGUGUGCCACGGCGAGGCGGCGGCCAGGGACCUCAGCCUGCGUCUGAACCGCAGCUGCCAGGGGGCGGAGCCCUGGGAGCCGGGCGUGGCUUAUGAGCUAUGGAGGGAGGGGGCGGGCUGCGACUGCUCCCGCGGGCUCAACUUCGCCAUGCACGAGCUGCAGCUGCUGCGCGUGGAGAAACAGCACCUACACCACAAUCUGGACCAGCUGGUGGAGGAGCUGUUCCUGGGGGACAUCCACACGGAGCCUGCCCAGAGAUUGUACUACCGGCCAUCCAGCUACCAGGCCGCACUGCAGAACGCCAAGAACCACGACCAGGCGUGCAUCGCGUGCCGGAUCAUCUACCGGUCAGACGAGCACCACCCGCCCAUCCUGCCUCCGCGGGCAGACCUGACGGUGGGGCUGCACGGGCAGUGGGUGAGCCAGCGCUGCGAGGUCCGCCCGGAAGUGCUCUUCCUCACCCGCCACUUCAUCUUUCACGACAGCAACAACACCUGGGAGGGCCACUACUACCACUACUCGGACCCAGUCUGCAAGCACCCCACCUUCAGCAUGUACGCCAGCGGCCGCUACAGCCGUGGCGUGCCCUCCGCCCGCGUCAUGGGCGGCACCGAGUUCAUCUUCAAAGUAAGCCACAUGCGUGUCAGGCCCAUGGACCUGGCCACCACCUCCUUACUGAAUGUCUUCAGCGGAGACGAGUGCGGGGUGGAGGGCUCGUGGCAGGUGGGUGUGGAGCAGGACGUCACUCUGACCAAUGGCUGCAUGGCCCUGGGCAUCCGGCUGCCCCACACCGAGUAUGAGCUGUUCCGCAUGGAGCAGGACGCCCGCGGCCGCUACCUCCUCUACAACGGCCAGCGGCCCAGCGACGGUUCCAGCCCCGACCGGCCCAACAAGAGGGCCACCUCCUACCAGAUGCCCCUGGUGCAGUGCGCCACCAGCAGCCAGGGGUCAGAGGUUGCCGACCUACCCCUGCAGCUCAGCAAUGGCUGUGGACGGCGCGGCAGCGGUGACCCCGUGGACGUCACUCAAACUCUGGCGGUCGCCCUUCUCUUCUUUUGUCUCAGCUAAGACGAGCAGCGCUUGGCAUUUCUCUCGCAACUACAUACUGGGAGGAAGAGGGCGAGGUAGAGGAGGCACAGUGAUCAGCACAGGCUCAGAGGAGGAAGAGGAAGACGGAGGCCUUGUCAAAACACUUGAGCAUCUUCAGUGUUUGCUCUUUUUUUAAACACUGUGGGAGCAAGGGUCAAAUGUCGAGACAGGGGCUGGGUGAGCAAAAGGAAAGGAGCCCAUCGAUGCCUGACACUUGAGCUCCACCCAGUGGAUCCUUGAAACUGCAUCUCCACAGUAACAGCACUUUAACAGAGCAGAUCUGUAAAGGGUAUGUGUAUUUCUAUAGGCACACAGGCAUACAUAUAUACUGUACUGUGUAUGCCUAUAGAAACAUUAAGCCAUUUUUUCUGAAAGGGGUCAGUAAGGAAAGUGACUGAUAUGGUCAGACGCAGAUUAUAUUUUUCUACAAUGAACAAUGGAUGACUACAAUACAGCAUAAUGCAAUGCUGAGUUAAAGGGAUAUGAUGCGCAGUGAACAUGGGAACCAUAAAAAUGUAUUUUUCUUCAUGUUUGACUUCUCCUGAACUCUAAUUCUGUAUAAUUAGAGAACAUAAAUGGUAGAAAAAAUGUUUGUAGGCAC